AUGAAGAUUGCUAUUAUCUAUAUCACCAUUAUCGGGCUAGCCUGCGCGCAGUCUCCUCCUUAUAGGGAGACGCCUCCAGGCCAACAAAUUCUUGAUCAAGCAAUCGCCGGCAUUGGUAAAUGGGGUGGCCCCGGACAGCUGCAAAGCAACCCUCCCAAGAGUCCUAGACCGCCUUAUAAGCACAUGAUAGGGGGUCUUCCAGAGCUCUUCAAGCCCAAGCCUGGCAGUUCUGACUGGAGGGAGGACACGCUCAAGGGGCCAAGAAAGAAGCCUGGCACAGUGUGGCCGAAGAACUCGUCACCAGACUGCCGGAAGCGCGAUUUGUGCGUGCCGGGCUCGGGCAAGCUGCCGAUCGGCGGCAAAAUUCCUUCGGUUGGAGGCACGCUAGUCAAUACAUAUGGGGGGCUAGCAGGGGGGUAUGCGAUCGGGUUAGGAGUCCAGCGACUCGUUGAGGCUAUUCCCGGCGCACCUGAGAAAAUUCAAGAGAUUAUCGACUCUAUUACUCGCUUCCAGGAUGAACAUUUUGGGAAGGGAACCCCCAUGGUCUAUCCGAUCAAUCCUGGAAAGUAUGGCCAUUGCGAAACUGUCCAGCGACCUGACAUUCAUCCCAACCCGGAGUAUCGGAAAGAAUUGAUCCGAAUCAACUGUCCGCCGGGGACAGUAGUUGAAGAAGUGGAAGAGGCCCCGGAAACACCAGCAGAGCCGCCGCGGCAGUGCUUCGACACGACUGGACCUAUACCAUGUGGAGGCGGGCAGACGGAGGUACAGCUGGAUAUAGGACGUGCCGUCUGCGGAAGCUGCGGAAGCUUCUGGGACCCGGAGGGCGGAAAAUGCAGAGAUAUCAAGGGGGCGCUUGUAUGGCCAUCUCUUACGGCUAUAACAGAGAGGGGCCCGACGCCAUCAGGGCAGUGCAACGACUCGACUGGCUCUUUCCCCUGUGGAGGUGGGCAGACGGAAGCAGAGCUUGACAUGGGCUGGGCUGUCUGUAGAGUUUGUAGUGGCUUUGCCUGGGACCCCGAGGGCGGCAAAUGCCGGCAAAAAAACGGCAAGCUCCUCUGGCCACACCAGUCGUGA